AUGAAGCUGCUGCUGCUUUGCGAGCAAAAAUUGCUAAUAGAAAAUGGCGGAAAGCUGGAAGUGCAGCUCAAGGAGCUAGGAUCCAAGUUGGAAUCUCCUCUAUCCGCCAAGGACAUCAUUGUCAAGCUGUUAAAGGCACUCAUUUCUACACUAUUGAAUCCCACCGUAAAUUCUGAUGAUGCCAGCUUCGACUCUUCGGGAUCGGCGGGCAGUAUUGAUGUUGGGGAAAAGAAGGGUGGGUGUUGCAGAGGCAUUGAGAAUUUGGAGCUGUGGGGUGUAGCUGUGAAGUGGGGGUCUGACUUCAAGUUUAAUUCUUCCGUGGAAUGUUGCCAGGCUUGUAACGCCAUGUGUACUGGAAAUGAUGGCCCUUGCUUGUGUGAUACUUGGGUUUUCUGUGGGAACAAGGAGGCUUGCGGGUCGCGAUUUGGAGAGGAUUUCGGUUUUGAAGGUAUUGCAAGUGUGAGAUGCCAUAUAACCCGAAUGACCUCAUGGUGCAAUGCGAGGGAUGCAAGGAUUGGUUUCAUCCUUCCUGCAUGGAUAUGACCAUUGAAGAAGCAAAAAUAUUGAAUCAAUUUUUAUGUUCCGAGUGUACUUCGAAAUGUGAAAGACUUUCAAAAUCAACUUCAAGCUAUGACU